AUGACCUCUAGUAAGCCAGCUCCUACUCCAGCCGGUUCUGGGGAAGCGGCUCCAAGCGUUGUCGUCUCGCCAGAGCAAUUGGCCCACUGGAACACCGUUCUUGCCGACCUCACUCCACAAGAAGUGUUGAAAUGGGCCAUGAUAACCUUCCCUAACCUAUACCAAACUACCGCGUUCGGGUUGACGGGGCUUGCCACGGUCGACAUGGUGUCCAAAUUAAAGAAAAGCCCGGCCGAUACUAAGCAUCCGAUCGACUUGAUCUUCAUUGACACAUUGCACCACUUCCCCCAGACCUUAGACUUGGUAGACAAGCUCUGCGAAAAGUACGGGCUCUCCACCGAGGCGGAUUUACACAUCUACAAGCCGGCCCGAGUGAACACAGAGUUAGAGUUUGCCGAACAGCACGGCGACUCGUUAUGGGAAACCAACGACACCUUCUACGACUUCUUGGUUAAGGUCGAGCCAUCCCAGAGAGCCUAUGCGGAGUUGAACGUCUCUGCGGUGUUGACCGGCAGGAGAAAGUCCCAGGGUGGUGCCCGUGGGGCGUUGCCCGUUGUGGAGCUCGAGGAAAUUAGCGGGAUUAUCAAGAUUAAUCCGUUGCACAACUGGACCUUUGGCGAGGUGAAACAGUACGUUACCGAGAACCAGGUCCCUUACAAUGAGUUGUUGGACUUGGGCUACAGAUCAGUCGGCGACUACCACUCCACCGAACCGGUGAGAGAGGGCGAAGACGAGCGUGCAGGCAGGUGGAAGGGUAAGAGUAAGACCGAGUGUGGUAUUCACGAGGCCAGCAAGUUUUCCCAGUUUUUGAAGGAGCAAGCAGAGGGUAAGGCUCAGCAACAAGCUGCAUAG